AGUUGUCCCAUUCAAACAAGUGUCAUUUAUUUGGAAAUGUCAUUUUACUCCAAUUUUAUUGAAGAUUAUAGUUAUUAUAAUUAAUUUUACACAAUAAUAAGCUUGCAGACAUCGCGUGACAUCAAAAUGGGAUGUUUUUACUCUAGGGGUACGGAGGAGGACAUGGUCUACGACAUGUCUCCGAUCCGGCACUUACCCGUGAUCUUCGUGAACGGGGUCCCGGGCGCCGGCAACCAGACCGUUGCGCAGACCAUCUCAAAUAUAACUGGAUAUACCAUGAUAAGGCCUGGAGAGCUGGUCAGGGCUGAAGCGGCGAAGGACACCGCUAGAGGGCGCUUGAUUGCAGAUAAGUUACAGGCACAGGAAGAUAUACCUGAGCAACUAACAGUGGACCUGAUAAAGGAGGCGAUGCUAAUGCAGCAAGAUGCAAAGGGCUUCAUCCUCGUUGGCUUCCCGAAGAACCCUCGCAUGUCUAACAUCUUCAACAGGCAGGUCAAGUGGCCUGAGAAGAUUGUUGCUCUCGAAGUUGAUAAUGAGGUAGCAGCAACAAGACUACAGAACAAGCUGUCAGAGUUAGGCCGGCCGGAGUCCGAGAUCAACGCGGCGCGGCAGAUCGUCAGGGACGCGGCGCACAAGGUCAAAAACGUACAUAAACGGUUCGGGGGACAUGUUAUAACGCUGGAUAGCAGCGGCAAUCCAAAAGCUUUAGCAUCUACACUCAAGGAGAUACUAUCAGACACUAUAGAGAAGUGUCAGAAGCGGCCAGAGUCACCCGAGCCCCGGCCCCCAACCGUCGUCUCUGCGCCCGCAGUCGCCCCCAUCUCGAUGGCGCUGUCUCCAGACAUCGCCCCCACGGAAGUAGCCACUGACGGGGACAAGUGAUAGGGUUACUCGUUUAAUUAUUGUGACUUGUUUUAAAUUUUGCUAUAAUACAUGUUACUAUUCUUA